AUGUCAAAUUCAGCCGUGGUCGAAUAUUUAUUAGUGACCUCAAAAUAAUAAUAUAUUUUAGCAUAAAAGUAAUUAAAAAUAGGUUUAAAAUAGGCUAAAGUAUAUCGAAUUUACUAGGAUCAAACAACUCUAAAUGAAUUGUGUCCUUGAAAGAUUAUACUAAUUUUCUAAUUGUUUCUAUUAAGUAACCUUUCGUCAUUGCGAAUAGAUUCUUUGCUAAUGACCGGGGAUUGUGAAUAAAAUAAAAUUAAUCCGGACAAAGUAAAUAUGGCUAAAGAAGAGGAUGACGACAAUUUACCUGAUAAAGAUGCGGCAAAGGAGUUCUACGCUAAAUAUGAACCAAAAGAAAUAAUAGGGAGAGGCAUAAGUUCAACAGUAAGAAGAUGUAUUGAAAAAGAGACUGGCCGGGAAUAUGCUGCUAAAAUUAUUGACCUCAGUCAGGAGUCUCAGGAUGGUGUGGACACCCACACAAUGAGGGAUGCCACCCGACAAGAGAUUAGUAUACUGCGAAUGGUUGCUGGUCAUCCUUAUAUUAUUGAACUACAAGAUGUAUUUGAAUCUGAGACAUUUAUAUUUUUGGUCUUCGAGCUUUGCAAGAACGGUGAACUUUUUGAUUAUUUGACAUCAGUUGUGACACUGUCGGAGAAGAAAACUAGAUAUAUUAUGAGGCAGGUGCUGGAGGGCGUACGAUUUAUCCACAGCAAGAGUAUAGUUCACCGGGAUCUCAAACCAGAGAACAUUCUACUCGACGAUCAACUAAACGUUAAGAUAACAGACUUUGGCUUUGCAAGGGUGCUGAACGACGGAGAAAAGUUAUUUGAACUCUGUGGAACGCCGGGUUAUUUGGCACCAGAAACCCUGAAAGCUAAUAUGUUUGAAGACUCACCCGGCUACGGGAAGGAGGUUGACACAUGGGCAUGCGGCGUCAUAAUGUUUACAUUGUUAGUCGGGUGCCCGCCAUUUUGGCAUCGGAAGCAAAUGGUGAUGCUACGUAAUAUCAUGGAAGGAAAAUAUUCUUUUACAAGUCCCGAGUGGGCGGAUAUUUCAGAAGACCCUAAAGAUCUGAUCAGACGGUUCCUCGUUGUUGAACCGAGUGAAAGAAUCGAUAUUGAAGAUGCCUUAAUUCAUUCAUUCUUCCACACAGUGCUUUGGGACCAAGACAUGACCCCGCUGAAGAAGUCUUAUGCCGGUACAAGCCGCAAAAUGUCCAGAAUCGACCAGUUGGCAAUGGCGAUAAAAUCCGGCGGUUUCAACGCCCGUGCGAAGCUACGUCUCGUGCUGUUGACAGUGCGGGCUGCGAUGCGUCUGCGUCGCUUGCCGCACACCUCCGCGCGUGCCGUGCCGCUAUGCGACGCGCUGGUAGAUCCGUACACCAUGCGAGCACUAAGAAAGGUGAUCGACGGAUGCGCUUUCCGCGUGUACGGACAUUGGGUAAAGAAAGGAGAAGGUCAAAAUCGCGCCGCACUGUUCGAGAACAUGCCCAAAACCGAGCUUAAGAGCCUCUACGUUAGCAAUUUGAGUCGAUAAGUAAUGAGUCAACUGAAAUGGCUAUCUCCUUGCCGCAGCUGCUUCCCUAGUGCUUUGAAAUACCAGGAUAGCAGCACUAUAGAAGAAGUGUCAGAAGUCAGCGAACAAACAUGUGUGAUGUAGGUAAUAAAAAAAUCGUCUAUCGAAAAUCUCUUAUUCGUUGUUUAUUAAACGAAAAUUAAAAAAAAAAAACAACCGUUUUAUACCGCGUGGACAGUGUUAAAUGAUUCUUAGUUAAUUAGCAAUCGAAAGUGUAGCAAUAAUAUUAAUAGUGAAAUGAUUAUUGUUAUUGUUAAAGAAUUUAAACAAGGUUUUCUAAUUAGUUUGUAAAUCGUUUUCUCAUUAAACUUAAGAUGGUAGUGUAUAGAGAUUUAGUAUUAUUUGUAUAUUUAAAUUAUUAUUUUUAUAUACAUAUAUGGUGUUAAGACAACUGUAUACCAGAGUUAGUAGGCUAUUAGACUGUUUUGUUAAUCCACGUAGGCUCAUCCGCGUAGCCCACACAUUCAAACUUAAUUCGGCCAUACAAAUUAUCGUGUAGUUACUCAGAUACGAUAAUAGGAUUGGUUUAUUCAAUAACUAUUAUGAUAUCCGUAUAUUGAAUGAGCCAGAGUAAUUUCAGACACAUAACAAUUCUUUUGAUUCGCUUGCCAAAUUUUAUAAGGCAGUCUUUUGGACUUUGUAAGUUAAAUAAAACUUACAAUGAAAGAAAUGCACUCUUUUAACAUCAAAUGAUCGACAUAAAUGUUUCAAAUAAAACUAAACAUUUUGUUUAGACCGUUUUGCCUUAUAAACUUUCGACUGAUAAAUAAUUAAUAAUAUUUUUGUUCAAUAAUAUUUUACGUCAAAACUG